AUGUCUGAUUAUAGGUGGUAUAGAGAUAUGUUUUUGUCUAAACUAUGCCUUAGGUCAGAUGGUGCAGCAGAUUACUGGAAAGAAAUAUUUAUUAGUGGUUUAUCUAGGUUAUUUGCAGAAAAGCCUGUUAUUAGUGAGAAUGCCAACAAUGAUUCAUAUGCUAGUGAUUUAGAGGCUAAUAAUUUUCAAGAACCUUGCUUGGAAAUGGAAUUUGAGUCACAAGAAAAUGCUUAUUCUUUUUAUGUUCAGUAUGCUAAAUGUGUUGGAUUUGGUGUUUCCAUCAAAAGUAGUCGCCGUUCAAAGAUUUCUAGACAAUUUAUUGAUGUCAAAUAUGCUUGCACAAGAUAUGGAAAUAAACGAGAGUCGACUUCCCAAAAUCCACGGCUUUGUUUGAAGGUGGAUUGUAAGGCUGGCUUGCAUAUUAAAAGAAGAUGUGAUGGAAAGUGGGUUAUCCAUGGCUUCAUUAAAGAUCAUAAUCAUGAACUUUUCCCAACAUAUGCACAUUAUUUUCCUUGUCAUAGAAGCAUCAAUAAAGCUCAAAAGCAAUGUAUUGAUACUUUGCAACAUGUUGGAGUGAGAACAAAUAAAAUUUAUGCCACAAUGGCCAAACAACACGGAGGAUAUGAAAAAGUUGGUUGUUUGGAGAAAGAUGUUAGAAAUCAUUUGGAUAAGGAACGUCGUCUGAAUUUAGAAUCAGGAGAUGCAAAUGCAAUGUUGGAGUGUUUUAUGCUUAUGCAAGAAGAAAAUCCAAGAUUUUUUUAUGCAUUUGAUUUGGAUGAUGAUGGUCGUGUAAAAAAUGUAUUUUGGGUGGAUGCAAAUGGUAGAGAUGACUAUCAAGAAUUUGGAGAUGUGAUUUUAUUUGAUACCACAUAUAUCACAAACAAAUACAAAAUGCCAUUUGCUCCAUUCAUUGGUGUGAAUAAUCACUUUCAAUCAAGACUCCUUGGUUGUGCAUUACUAGCAAAUGAGUCAUCUGAGAGUUUCAUAUGGUUGAUGAAAAUAUGGCUUAGGGCAAUGGGCGGCAAACCUCCAAAUGCAAUAAUAACCGAUCAAGAUAAAGCAAUGAAAAUAGUGCCACCCUAUACUCCUCAACGAAAUGGAGUUACAGAGAGGAAGAAUGGAACGAUUGUGAACAUGGUGAGAAUCAUGUUGAAAGGAAAGAACUUUCCGAAAGAGUUACAGGGAGAAGUGGUGUCCACAUCUGCAUAUUUGUUGAAUAGGUGUCCAACAAAGAAGCUGAAAAAUAUUACACCUGAAGAAUCUUGGUCUAGAUUCAAGCCAAAUAUGAGUCACUUGAAGGUAUUUGGUUCAAUUGCGUAUAGACAUGUUCUGGAUAAAAUUAUAAAGAAGUUAGAUGACAAGGGAGAGCAAAUGAUACUUGUUGGGUAUCACUCUACCGGUGGCUAUAAACUCUAUGACACAAUUAACAAAAGAAUCGUAAUUAGUAGGGACAUGAUUAUUGAUGAAUUAAAGGAGUGGAAACAUGAAUAA